AUGAUCGGCGAGGACGGCAAGCGGGCUCGAUAUCGCUGCGAAUGCCUCUACGGCAUCCGAAUGCUGCUCCGAAGAGCUACGACAGGAUCGGCUCAUCUUUCGAAAGUCUGGACAGCAGAUCGGCCUUGGCCAGACGACGCUUCGUCCUUCGAGCAUUCGUCGUGCUCCCUUCGCCUUCGCUCAUCUUCAGAGGCAGCCAGAGUGGAUAAGACAGGAGCAGGGAGAAGACUCAAACAGACGGAUGGCUUUCACUACGACACUCUGCAUCUUUUGCCGCUCGGUGUAGACCUGCUGCCGCCAUCGACCGACUUUGUCUCAAACAUUCCGCACUCGACGACCUUUCCAGCCGUUCACAUCACAGUAACUCGACCUGGUCAACCUAUCUUGCUCACCAUCAUCAUCAUCAUCAUCAUCAUCCCGUUUACUCCCUGUCUCGUACCCACACUCUCUUUGAUCCUCUCCACUCUUGCUCCUUCUCAUUAUCGCCCUGCUCCAUCUCAUCCUCACCUUGCUGCUCGUCAACUUUCUUCGUCUAUACCUCCAUCCUGCACAACUUUGAUCUCUUCAUCAAUCUCGGACCACCACAACCGCUGCUCAAAAGUCUACUUUGCGGUGCUAUCUACUCUCAUCUUCUUUUUCGCUUGCCGGACUCUUGAAGCGACAGCAACAAUGCUCGUCUACAUGUCUCAGUACGUCGAAGAGCGCUCGGCAGCCCAGGCGCCAGCAGCAAUCAGAACUUCGGCGAAGCCCGCCACUUCCAAGACCAAAAAGGGCAAGAUCAACUUCGUCUCCAAGGCGAGUCUCGCCAUGUUUGACCCUCGCCUUGCUAUGGGCAUCGAUUCGGGCAACAACUGGUACGACGGCUCUAGCUCGCCAUCCUCGUUCAGCCAUUCUGCGCAGCCUGCCCUCCGUCACAGCGAGGAUAGUGCACGCAAUCAGCAGUGGACCACUAGCCCUACACCCGAGCUCGAGGCGUUUGCGACCCCUACCGUCGACGAGCCCUACCACGGAUCGUCGAGCGCAGCAGGCGCCGCCGAAAUGACACGACAGCCCUCCGCUUCGUCAUCCGUCUUCGAAGACGAUCGUGACAUCCCGGAGACAUCAUCACGAAGACGCUUCCUGUCGCGCAAGAGCGUCGCUCAGGCCAGGGCAGCCACCCCGACCGACGAUGUCCUCUUCUCUCCCCUUGGUGCCAAGGUAAAGCCGAACCGCAGUGCAGGCGCUGCUUCUGUCUCGAGUGCGUCGUCCUUCUCCCGUUUCUUCGCCCGCAAGAAGAAGGACAAGGCUUCUCACCUCGGCGGUUUGGCAUCCAGAUCAACGCCUGAUCUGUUUGAUGGCGUCCCUCAGAGCGCUCCACCUACCACCAUGACCUUUGAGCAAUCCGGAUUCACAUUCUCGCCGCAACGUAAAGCCUCGGACUCCUGCAGCCUCUACGACUCGCCUUCGUCGCUACCCACCAGUCCAGAGCGUCGACCCGUCCGGCUGGCCCAAGACUUCAGCCCGGUGCACACAUCACCCCUGAGUGUCAAGCAGAGCAUGCCUGCCCUUCGUCAGAUUCGCGAGGCGCACAAUGCCGCCAGCACAGCUCAAACCAGAUCCAUCGUCUUUGCCAGCCCGGAAAAGAGGCAACGACCUAGGCAGUCGACUGCGCCGUCGAGGAACGACUCCUUCGACGUCGCGCCAGCUCUUCCGCCUCUGCCGAGCUUUGACACUUCUUCUCCCAUGAUCCCACUCGAAUUCGCCUGGGACUCGAAGCGCGGCGUUGGCCGAGAAAGCCAGAUGCCAUCUACAGGCUCCAAUGCACGACCUAUAAGCCGCGUCGUAUCUAGCACGAGUCGUGGCGUACCCAGCCCUGGUCUCAACCCUAUUCGCCUCAAUGACCCUCGAAAGUCGACCCUCACGCUUCGCAAUGAGCCUGCCCUUCGCUUUGCUGAUGAUGUCAAGUCGGCUCCCGCCAAGUCUAGCGUGACGAGGCCCGCUGCCUCGCCUAGACGUGCCGAGAAGAGACUUUCGAUGACGCAAAAGGUGGUUGACGGUCUCCUCGAUCAAGACCGCGGCCGCGAGGAACCAGAGAUGCGCUCGCGCAGAGUCGACAUGGAAGUGCGCUCAGCACGCAGGAGAAGCCGCAGCGUCGACGGUCGCACGCUGUCUUCAUUCAAGCAGAACGAUGUUGUCAGUCCUGCGAGCUCCAACAGCCAUUCCGACUCUGUUUUCCCCGCCUUCGUCCGACAUGCUCCGGCCUCACCUGGGAGGGCCAGCAGUCCUCAACCUCGCUACUUUGCCGAGGUCGAGACAGCCAACUCUGUCACACCCACACCCAAGCAGCCGCCCUCAUUCAGCACUCCGACUUCAACCUCUCCGAGCAGGUCCGCCGCUCAGAGCAUCGCGCGCAGCCCGUCGCCGGCCAGCAGAAGCCCACAACGCAAGACGUCGGGCGAAACACAUCAAGCCAGGCGUGUCAACUUUGUAGGUCAGCGCGCCAAGGCUGUCGCCGUCGCCAGCCCUCUGUUGCUCUCGAAGAGUCCACGUUUGGGAGGAGGCCGCAGCGGUACGCCUCUGCCUGUUGUCAACAUCAUGCCUCCCACUCCCGAUCUGGGCGUAAGCGAGCAGGAUGAGAGGGUUCAAGCAGCAGCGCCUCAGCAGGAGCACGAGAUUACUGCUCCUAGUCAGACGGUGACGAGAGAGCCAGCUGUAGCGGCUGUCGAAGCACCCGUUGCUGUCAAGGCGGCUGGCAAUAUUUCGUCACAGGUCAAGACGCAAGUUGGAUCCGUAGCGCGAGCCGUGUCUUCUCGAAAAGGAGCAACAACGCCAACGCCGGCUACCAAGCCCGUCGUGGUAGCGCAAUGCAAGUCUGUCGAGACUGCUCCGGUCGUCAUCAUGAGUCCGGAGAGCGUCUAUUCACCUGCUUCGGUCUACUCGCCCGAGGCGAACGACGGCGCUUUCUCGUCUCUUCACGGCAUCCUCACCGGUGAUGGGGAGGUGAUGACCAAGGAGGAUUUGCAGGUCACCGCUGACUCUGUGGCGGCAGAGUUGAGCUACGUUGGCAUGCCCCGCACGGACAGCGUUACGAGCGAGCUCUCAGAGGUCAGCAGCGCCCGCAGCAGCUCGUCAGGCGCAUUUGCCUUUUCACGCAGCAUGUCCAACUCGUCGCUCAACAGCGGCGGCACCUUCAGCUCGGCUUCGAGCAACGCUUCAGAGAGCCCUGAGCGCAAGAUGGGCUUCUUGCCCAGCGUGGACUCAUUCGACUUUUCGCCGACAAAGAUAACUAACAGCUCUUCGGUCGCUUCUUCGAUCGGGACGAGCAUCUUUGAGGUGGAAGCCGAAUUGAGGAGCUCGUCGACGGCCAAGGGCGAGCCCGUCAAGCUGAAGACUCCGUUCGAGCUGAAGGGUCUGGGGUUGGAUGCCGAUGCAGCACAAUCUGCAGGGGCGGACUCGAGCGACUGCGAGACUCCGACUCUUGCAUCCUGUCGUCAAAUGGGCGUCAACGCUAGACCUCGUGACAAGGCUCAGCAAGAAAAGAUCAUGGCGAACAGGCAGCUUGGGCUCAGCAUGGAUCUCAGCGAUCUGGCCCAGGAGCUCGGCCUGGGACGCCUUAGCCAGAUCGGGCUGGCUCAUCUCAAGGGGAUCGAGUCGCUCGCGGAAGUGCCUGCACGUCAGCCCAAUACGACGUCGGUUGUCGCCAAAAAGGUCCAGCCUAUCAAGCCACCCAAGUCUUCUGCACGUAUCGCUGGAGCCGCUUCUUCUUCCAACGCUGUUGGCGCAGCUGCUGCAGAUGCCAAGUCGGCACCACGCUUCGGCAUGGGCAUGAAGGACUUUGCUUCUUCGGCCGCUAUGUCUCCUCUACCCGUGUCGAUCGCUGGUCGAUCGCCACAGACGCCUCCUCGCAAGCCGUCGCCGAUGGUCGAAACCAAUCCUGGACGCAUAGUGUCGGCUUCGGGCGUGCCGAAAGCCGAUGGCGGUUUUGGAUUGGGGCUCAACUUUGUCGAGUCCCCUUCGCCGCAGGCUCCGCUUCGAAAAGCGGCCAUCGCACCGGGAAGCUACGGUCAACACGUGCUGGAGCAGACCCACAUCAUCCCGUCCCAGUUCUACCAGCAACCACAACAUUCUUAUCACGCCCACGAACAGCAACAGGAGGAGGAGGCAGAGUGGGUCGGCGUAGCAAUGUGA